UCGUCAGUAGUGGCACGUGCGACACGCACCGGUUUAGGGCCUAUUUACCGGAUGCGUUCAAGCGCGCGGCCUUUUUUAAAGCGCACGUGAACUGCUUGGGCGUCCAAUACGCAAACGUGUUUGUUUGGUGGCAUUUGAGCUCCUGGUGAUUUGAUGUCUGAUUUAAGAUUCGAUAGAAAAAUAAAUCUGAUCUGACAUUUGACUAAAGUGCUCAAGAGCAUUAAAAAGAUCAAGGCUUCCUUCCGUCAUGGAAUUCAGUGUGACCCCGAGGCGGCACAACCCCGUCGACAGCAUCUGCCGCAAGCUGCAGACAAUCCAGCGGCGUGACCGCGAGCCCAACUCUCCUUUCCAGAUCCCCAAACUGCAGUCGUGCAGCUACGACAGCCCACACACGGGCCUACGCCGCAACCUGGACACCAUCCUGAAGAAGCGCAAAGGUGAUGCAGAGCAGAUCAGCUCACCGCUCGUGCUCACUCCCGGUGCGUCCCGCGGCUCAGGAAGGACCUCGUGUGUCCCCGUGACACCCCUCAGUCCCGUUAACACCACUUACACCAUCACCGGCACACUGGGCACACUGGGCACGCUGGUGGAGAAGGGCGGAGUAGCACCCGGGCACAACCGAGCCUGGCAGCUUAGCUGCUCCACACCUGCUAUCCAGAACGGUGACACUUGCUACAGCUUCACACCUGCUCUCCAGAACAGUGACACUCGCUUCAGCUUCACCCCGAGCGAGAAGGCGAAGAGCAAAGCACCAGCGCAUGGCCUGCUCUCCUACAACUUUAACUUUUGCUCCUCAGAUUCCUCCACAAUAUUAGACAGCGAGCUGCCUUAUCCAGCCCUGGUGGUCAAGAGACUGUCAAUGGGAGAUGGUGCUUCGUUGCCAUCUGAAUCCAAGAAAGAGAGUUUGGCUGAGGUCAGUCUGAUUUGCGAAGAAGAUCUGCUCGACACCAUCUUUCAGGCCUGUGAUACUCAGUGCAGAGGUAAAGUGUACGUGUCUCACAUCGUGGACUAUCUGAGACACACGACGAGUCGUAGCUCCGAGGACAGCGGCCUGGAGGAGCUGUGUAACAUGCUGGACCCCGAACACAAGGACAUCUCCAUCGACCUGGACACCUACCAUGCCAUAAUGAAGGAGUGGAUCGAAGACUGCCGCAAUCAGGUGAAGGACAGUAAAGAAGACGUAACUCAGGAAUCGGUCAAAUUGCCAGAUACUUUAUCAGCCAAGAGAUCAUUUCUGCUGAAUAUGACCUCGGGCAGCCUGGAGGCUUUUGGAGGAGAAGCUUCUAGAGCUGAGCUCGAGACGUCUGAUUUGGUGUUCUGCGUGGCCGACUUGCAGUUUAAUAACCAGAAACUUCAGGAGGAGGUUCGGAAACUGAAGCAGGCCGUGGAGGCGAUGGAGGAGACUAACCAGAAACUCAUCGAGGAAAACGAGGAGCUCAAGACUCAGGCUAAAACGGGGCAGCAGCUGCUACAGAAGGAGCGCAUGCUGAAAGAGGAGGUGGAAGAGAUGAAGCUGACUUUAAGCUCUUCGGAGGAGAACCGAGCCCGAGCCUCAGCUCAGAGUAAACAGAUGGAGCGAGAGAACCAGACUCUGAUAUCGAAGAUCGCCUCUCUGCAGGACGAGAACUUGAAGGUGUCUGUGGAGGUGGAUGAGCUUCAGAAGAAGAUGAAGACGCUGUAUGAGCUCAAUGCUGACCUGCAGGCCCAGACUCAUUCCUUAGACGCUGCCAUGACUGAGAAGGACACGUCAAUUCAGGAGAAAUCGAGGCAGAUCGAGGAGCUGAAGGCUGCAGUUAUGGAGUACUCAUCAGUAACCGAAUUACUGAGGGCAGAGAAGAGCAAGCUGGAGAGUCAGAUGCAGCUGCUGCAGCCGGACAUGGCCAUUCCUGGUCUCUCCCUCUCGGUGGCAUACAGACUGAAUCAGACGACUUCAGGUUCUCUGGAGACGGAGCUGGCUCUGGCGCAACACAAUCCACCCGAGGGGGCGGAUCAUUUAUCCUCCAUCUGCUUGGCCUCGCCUCUGGAUGAGACUCUGGACCGUGAGGUUCUUCUCCUUCUGCAGGGUCCCACACCUGAGCAGAUGUCUGUGGAGUUUAAAAUCCUGAUAAACCGACUGAAGCAAGAGUUUGAAGAAGACACAUUGGAGAUUCUCGCAGCACUUCCAGGCUUUAUGAAGACUCAGGAAGUGCAGGACACCAACAUUGACACCAAACUCCAGGGCCUGCGGGUUCAGCUGGAGCAGCGGCGUCGCGAGUGGACUCACGGCCUCGAGCAGCUGAAGCAGUACACAGACUCGCUGGAGAAGGAGCUGCUGAAGAUGGCGAGCAACAUGCGCCGGUCGCGCACCGAGAUCCUGCACCUGUCCGUCAGGCUGCAGGAACAAGAAAAUCACAAACUGCUGUUACGUGAGGAGCUGGAUCAGCUGAAGACUCGGCAGGACCGCAGAGACGCCAGCAGUCAGACAGACUUGCCACAGGUUGUGGAUGAUGAGGAGAACUCAUCCCCGGAGUGGGACAGGGUGUAUCCACUACUCGACUCUCCUUCUGAAGAGGAAACGGCCGGGUUCGAGACGCAGACACAGGAAGAUGAUCAGAAGCAACCUCCUCCUGCUCCUCUUGCUGAUGAUGAGGAGUUACAGGAAGACCUCAGGAAGCUCGAGAGCUUACAGGAGACACGUUGUAGAGAAGAUGGAGAACAGGAAUCGAAUACACCGAGAGAGACAGCGCAUGAUUCUGGAGUUGAGGCCGAGGAGCUCAGAGGUUCCACCGUGUCCCAGGAGAAUCAGCCAGAGAGCAUCACGGACACUGGAACAUGCGAAACUCUACUUGAUGAGAAUCAACUCAAGGAUCAUGGUGAACCUGAACAGGAGGAAGCCAGAGUCCCAGCAUGCACCGGGCCUGAUGACACCCACGAGCAGGCUGUGUGCUGCAGUGCUUCUCUUUCACACUCCCACCCUCAGUGUGCUGAUGAAGUGACUCUGAGCCUAGCUGAGCUCUCUGCCCCCCACACCUCUGACAUGGUAUCCCCCCUGGCUGACGGGCCUGCAGCGGGGGAACCAUUCUCUUUAACCGAAAGAUCUCCUGAGGAAGAACCAGGACCUGAAGGAGAACAGGACGUCUCGGACAGCAUGAGCAGUUCGCAGAAACUGACACACGAGCAGACGUCUGACGUGCCCACUGUACUGGAGAGGAGUGGUCUGUUGCCCGUAGCCGAGGAAGAGGAACCGAUGUCUGAGACGAGUCAGCAGGGGGCCACGGCAGUUAAUUCUAAGACGGGGAGCGGCGCAACAGGGCCGAUCACAACGAAGGAUAACGGGGCGUCUGUCCCCCCUCUGACCAUUAGGAGCAGAAUUAGAAAAGACCUGGAGAUACCCAGCAGCAGUAUGGAGGCCAUCGGAGAGCAGAGAUCCCAAGAAGACAGUGGAACUUUAGUAACUACAGAUAAAAAUGGUGGCGUUUCUGAAGAUGGUGAAUCAGUGAGGGAAGACGGACUGACUCAGAGUGAAAAAGACAUCGAGGCCGAGUUCCUCCGUCUGUCUCUGAGUCACCGCUGUGACAUGUUCACUCUGGAGAAGAGACUUCAUCUGGAGGAGCGAUCACGGAACCUGGCUGAGGAGAACGUACGCCGAGAAGUGUCCAGCUGUCAGGGUCUGCUCCAGGCUCUGAUCCCUCUGUGUGGUGAUGAUAACCCGUCACUGGAGAUCAUCCAGCGGCUGCAGAAGAACCUGGAGAUCCUGCUCCAGUCUGUGACUCGAGUGGCCAGUCGCUCUGAAAUGCUGGGCUCCAUUCACCAGGAGUCUCGCAUGGGGAAAGCGGUGGAGGUGAUGAUUCAACACGUGGAGAACUUGAGGAGGACGUACACUAAAGAACAUGCCGAGCUGCUGGAGCUCCGAGAGAACCACUUGCAGAAAGACAGGUCCUUCAGCUCCCACGCGGACCGGGAUGAUUUCAGGAAGAAAAAGGCCAGCCCCGAAUUCUACAAGGUAGCGGCCCGUCGUGUCAGCAUAGCUGCCAUCCCACGCAGCACCGGAACGCUGGCACCCAGUGACAUGGCUAAAGAUGUCACGGAGGCGGAGAUGGAGAAGCUGGGACGUAGGUCACCCAGGAACAUGCUUGGAAAGAGCACACAGCGGGCGCCUCUAAAGCGUUUUAUUAGUUGCGCUGAGACAGAAGGUCCCGCUCUUAGGAAUAGCAAUCCAAGUCCCACACCGAGCAACAAUCCGAGUCCUACGACUGAACUGGCGUCGCCUUUUGGGGUGAAAGCGCAUCCUCCUGAGCUAUCUGAAGCUCCUAAGGGUGUCUGCACCUGGGCGGCUUUGAUGGUGGUGCUGGCCGCCUUCGUAGCGGUGUUGGGCAAGAUGCUGAUACAACCGGCUGCGGACGCAGCGCCUGUGGGCACCGGUGACUCCUGGAUGGCCAUCCAGCAGAUUCUGUGGCCCUACACAGGGCUCCGGCACAACGGCCAGCCCCCUGUUUAGCAGUGUGAUGCCCCCUAGUGGCCGGGAGGCUAGUAGCGACAAUCAGAGAGAUCAUGAAGCACUUUUUAAAAACAGCAAAACGACUGCUUGGAGGAAUAGUACGACCAAGUACACUUUUUUUUUUCCUUUCAUAAGAACAGAUAGGAACUUGUUUGAACACCAUCGUCAAAUGGUUAGCAGUUAUAUAAUGUGAAUGUUUCAUCCGAUCGGGAAAAAGAACUUUGCAUCUGGCUUCCUGUGCUGAAUCUCUGGACACAGAUUGAAGCGGCUACCUUUUUAACGUUUUUACGCUCUGAUGAUAUCGAUGUUUUUACUGACAGUUGAAGGAGUAAUGAACUGCCGUUUUUAAAAAAAAAUUGUGCUGUUUGAAGUUAUAAUUUAUUUUAACGUUUAUUGCUUUAGCCUGAGUGUGGGGUGUAAAUAAUAUCCAAGCAGUUAAGUUUUUAUUCAUCUUCAGUUUCAAAGUUUCAAACACACAUUUCUUUUUUUUUUUUUUUUUUUAAUUAAUUAAUUAAUAUUAUUAUUCAAUUUGGUGUGCACUAUUAUGGAUUCAUACACUUCUGUAUGUUCCAAAGAUGGGGAGGAAAAACGAGCUUUGAUACAAUAAAGUUACUAAUCCAAUUGCGAUCACCACUUGCUGCAGAUAUCAGAUAUGCAGUGGAUUUUACUGUACUUUUUUCCCUUAGCUACAUUUUCUCUCUGCUUAAUGUGUACCUUUUUGUUUUUGGGCUAAAAUCAGCCAGUAAAUUUGAAUCUUUCUGAAAGCAGAAAUUUGUCCAGGUUCCUCAAUCUGAUGUGGAUUUGGGUUUAAACCUUGGUGGUGAGGGAUUGAUUAGGUGAUUAUCUUGAAUUAAAUUAUCCCAAUUCCAAACUUUUCUAUUAGUUCACCAUCGUUUUGAACAUCCUGCCUGCGCAUUACAUUGAAUUUUGUGUAAAUCUGCUGCCAUUUGUGGACUUCAAAAAGUUUAACAAGGUGGUUGUCAGUUUGUAUACACAUCUUGUUUAGGUCAUACAUUUUAAGUAUUCAGAUUGUAUUUACUUUCGUAUUUAUCAUACUUUCUUAAGUGUAAAAGUUUGCACACUCUUAAGACCAAUGAAAGACACAUUAAAUUUAUGCUAGUGUUUGGUUUCACAGAUUAUCACAAGUAAGAAUAAUUGCCAAAUAGUGUAAAAAAAAAAUUAAAGAGUACAUUUCCAGUAAGU